UUUAGAGACGGUCACUUAAUGAAAUGGAUUGCUUUCUCUAUAAUUUGAUUUUUUUUUCAAUGGGUGUCACCUAAGAAGAGCUACACAGUAUUAGUAGAUGAAAAACAGAGUCCUGCUACUUCUGGAUAGGGAAAAAUAAAGAAAUACAGUGGACCCCUGAACAACGCAGGGCUUAGGAGCAUCAGCUCUCCUCGGAUGUCAGAUCUGCAUACAGCUCAUAGUCAGCCCUCUGUAUCCACGAUUCCUCCCUAUCCAUAGCUCCACAUUCACGGAUUCAAUCACCCAGGGAUCGUGUACUACUGUAGUAUUUACUACUGAAAAAAAUCUGUGUAUAAGUGGACUCGUGCACUUCAAACCCAUGUUGCUCAAGGGUCUACUGUACCUCUUUUUGAAUUGAAUACAUAUCACUGGUAGUUGAUUGUGUCUGGUAUUGCCUUUCAAACAAGCUAUAUUAACAUUUCUGCCUACAUUGGUAGAUUUUUUGGUUUCAUGAUUUAAAUUCUGAAAAUAGCUAUAAAAGACAAAAUCUGGGGACUUCCCUGGUGGCGCAGUGGUUAAGAAUCCACCUGCCAGUGCAGGGGACAUGGGUUCGAGCCCUGGUCUGGGAAGAUCCCACGUGCCACAGAGCAACUAAGUCCCUGCGCCACAACUACUGAGCCUGUGCUCUGGAGCCCACGAGCCACAACUCCUGAGGCCACGUGCCACAACUACUGAAGCCCGUGCACCUAGAGCCUGUGCUCCGCAACAAGAGAAGCCACCACAAUGAGAAGACCUCGCACUGCAACGAAGAGUAGCCCCCGUUCACCACAACUGGGGAGAAGCCUGCGCGCAGCAACAAAGACCCAACACAGCCAAUAAGUAAAUAAAUAAAUGAAAAAUUUAAAAAACAAGACAAAAUCUGUUAAAAAACUUAGCAAGAAUGACUAGGAAAGGAGAAGAACGAAAAAUGAGAGAAUGAGCAUAGGGGAAGGCCAAAAGGGCUGUCAGAAAUAGAAUAAUACACACAUGAGAUUAGUAUGAUUGUUGAGGCCUGAAGCAGUGAUGGUGGAAAACAAAGGCCGCUCGUGGUGGAGGGAGAGGGGAAAGUACUAGUGCAUAGUGGAGCUGGGCAGGGUGGCGGUACACAUUCCUGUGCUUAAGGAGGGUGCUGUGCCCACCCAGGAGCGUAACCGAAGCGUGGCACUUGGCGGGGGAUGAGAGUCCCAGCUCACUGUCACCUAGCGAAGUGGCCAAGCCUGGGUAGGAUGUACACAGGCUGCCUAGAGGGAGAGCACUUCCGACCCCUGAACUGCGAUUAAUUAUUGAAAAGGUUAAAUUUUGUUCCUAUUCUGGCUUAAGAGACAGAAUGUUAUUUUUAUCAAAAGAAACAUUUCAGUUUUAAAUGUUUCGUUUUAUUUAGCCAAUAUGCAAAAUGGUAGUCAUGGGCUGAAUGAAUCCUGAAGAUAGGUUGUAUUUGGCUUGUUUUAAAGAAUUUGAUUAAUUGGUUUGAUUUUUACAUGGAAAUCUUGAUUUCUGGAUUCUGCUGAAAAAUUUUAAGAUUUGGCUACAUUGGACCUACACUCCAGUGCGGCAGCACUUGGCUGGAGCCUUAGGAUGGGUGAUAACAUUCAGCAAUAUCUGAUGACCAAUAAUGUCCUAGAGGCAGCUUCUACUCUGGUCUCUAUGGCAGAACUUGACAUCAAGCUUCAGGAAUCAUCCUGUACUCAUCUUCUUGGUUUCAUGAGAGCCACUGUUAAAUUCUGGCAUAAAAUUCUCAAGGACAAGCUUACAAGUGACUUUGAGGAAAUUUUAGCACAGCUUCAUUGGCCAUUCAUCGCACCCCCUCAGUCUCAAACUGUUGGCAUAAGUCGACCAGCCAGUGCCCCUGAGAUAUACAGUAACUUGGAGACACUAUUUUGUCAGCUCCUGAAACUACAAACCUCAGAUGAAUUACUUACUGAGCCAAAACAACUUCCAGAAAAAUACUCUCUUCCGGCAUCCCCUUCUGUCAUCCUGCCCAUCCAGAUUAUGCUGACUCCCCUUCAAAAGAGGUUCAGGUAUCACUUCAGAGGGAACCGACAAACUAAUGUGAUAAGCAAGCCUGAAUGGUACUUGGCUCAGGUACUUAUGUGGAUUGGGAACCACACUCAGUUUCUGGAUGAGAAGAUUCAGCCAAUAUUAGACAAAGUAGGCUCUUCGGUAAAUGCAAGGCUUGAAUUUUCUCGGGGCCUUAUGAUGCUGGUUCUUGAAAAGUUAGCUGCUGAUAUUCCUUGUCUGCUCUAUGAUGACAGUCUCUUCUGUCAUUUGGUGGAUGAGGUGCUUUUGUUUGAAAGAGAACUACACAGCGUUCAUGGCUAUCCCAGCACUUUUGCUAAUUGUAUGCAUAUUCUGUCAGAAGAGACCUGUUUUCAGAGAUGGUUGACUGUGGAGAGAAAAUUUGCUCUUCAAAAAAUGGACUCAAUGCUCUCGUCAGAAGCUGCCUGGAUAUCCCAAUAUAAGGAUAUCACUGAUGUGGAUGAGAUGAAAGUUCCAGACUGUGCAGAAACGUUUAUGACACUACUCUUGGUUAUAACUGACAGAUAUAAAAAUCUUCCCGCAGCUUCCAGAAAGCUGCAGUUCCUGGAGUUACAGAAGGACUUAGUAGAUGAUUUUAGGAUACGAUUAACUCAGGUGAUGAAAGAAGAGACUAGAGCUUCCCUUGGCUUUCGAUACUGUGCAAUUCUUAAUGCCGUGAACUAUAUCUCAACAGUACUAGCAGAUUGGGCUGACAAUGUUUUCUUUCUACAACUUCAACAGGCAGCAUUGGAAGUCUUUGCAGAGAAUAACACUCUCAGUAAAUUGCAGCUGGGACAACUGGCCUCUAUGGAGAGCUCUGUCUUUGAUGACAUGAUUAACCUGUUAGAGCGUUUAAAGCAUGACAUGCUGACCCGGCAAGUAGACCAUGUUUUUAGAGAAGUUAAAGAUGCUGCAAAAUUGUAUAAAAAAGAAAGGUGGCUGUCCCUGCCAUCGCAGUCAGAGCAGGCCGUGAUGUCCCUGUCCAGUUCGGCUUGCCCCUUACUGCUUACUUUACGAGACCGUUUACUGCAGCUGGAGCAGCAGCUGUGCUUCUCCUUGUUUAAAAUCUUCUGGCAAAUGCUUGUAGAGAAGCUGGACAUAUACAUCUACCAAGAAAUAAUUCUUGCCAAUCACUUCAAUGAAGGAGGAGCGGCUCAGCUGCACUUCGAUAUGACUCGGAAUCUUUUCCCUUUGUUUUCCCACUAUUGCAAGAGGCCAGAAAAUUAUUUUAAACAUGUAAAAGAAGCCUGUAUUGUUUUGAAUUUGAACACUGGUUCUGCCCUACUUCUGCGAGAUGUCCUGCAGUCAACUUCAGGGCAACCUCCUGCCACAGCGGCAUUAAAUGAAGUCGGAAUUUAUAAACUGGCUCAACAAGAUGUUGAGAUUCUACUUAAUUUGAGGACAAGCUGGCCUAACACUGGAAAAUAAAGUGUCUUUUUUCCUUUUGGGGUUUUUUGUUUUUUGUUUGUUUGUUUGUUUUUCUUAAUAAAGAAGAAGCCAGAGCCAGUUGGAUUUCAAGUUAUAUGAUGAAGUUCUGAAUUAAUGAAACUGAACAACUGUAAACUGUAUAGAAUCAUUUAUUAUCUUGGACUUACAGUGUUAUUAAAAUGCUGACCAUAUUUCCUGAGUCCUCUUGUUCCUAAGAAAAAAAAAAACAAAAAGCUCAGAAGCCAUGAAAACUCAGAGUAAUUCCAUUUACAAAUAUAAAUGAUGAAUAUGUCUGUUGAAUAAAAUACAAGAGCAGAUAAUAAAUUAUAAUCAACUUUUAAUUUUCUUUGCCAAUUCAGGGAGACUGUUGUAGAUAAUCU